AUGUCUUGGAUUCGAAGAAAAGUGUUUGUGUCGGUGGUUUUGUUUGCCGCUCUAUCUGCCCUGGGGUUUGUAUCUCAGUCACGCAAAUCCUUCUACUCUCUGAAUGGAGUCCAGAGCAUCAAACUCGCGAAGAAUGUGGAAUCACCCACGUGCGACAGCAUAGACGACAAGAAGAUAAUGAUUACUGGUAAAUUCUUCCCGAUUACUAGUAUAUUCUUACCCUCAUAUGCCCACCCACAUGUGAGUGAAGGGAACACAAUUUUCGUCUGGUGGUUUCUCGUCACCGGGGACUUUGGCAAUGAUCUGAGCCGCUACUACAGCUGGCGAAUACUGGCAGAACUGGGAGGGUACAACUUGGAGUUGGCCACUCCUAUUUGGUCAAUUCACGAUUCCUUUCUCGUGUAUCUGCCAACCCGUGCACAGGCCAAGAAACCAAAACAAAGGGUGCUGCAAAAAUUUCUAUGUGUCUGCCCCCAGGAUAUCUCGUUUGUUCAUGAGUGCGAUUACGGUGUGCCGGAUAUAAUUCCGACCAUUCGAAGAGAAGUCAGAAUAGCCUUGCAGCAGUAUGCAGAUGCAAAGUUCAAGACUAAACGCCUCAACAAUCUGCACGGAUGGGGAAAUGAAAGGAGGUUGUUCUGGAAUAUCUUUUCGGGAGACAGCCGUCAAGAGAGCAAACGACAGCUUCUUGGACAAUUCUAUGACAAAGAUGAUUGGCUCAUUUAUGAUAGGUGCCAAAUCCUAGAUCACGUUUUGCAUGGAUUUGGCACUCUGUCUGUGUACGAUGUGAUUCCAUCCAAUGGAUCUUUUACCAUCUACUCUCUCAGUGGACGUAAGGAGGGCCUGGGAGUUCUCUGUGAUGAAUUGCAAGAGAUUCGGAAUGACUAUAUCCGAUCACGCAACCCCAACGUAACCAUUUUUGAACUGCAGGAGAGCAACCGAAACGUUGAUUUUGGCCGGCUGGCCAACGCGCCCAACCUCUUGAUUCCAUCCGCGGGAUCGACCUGGGCACUCUAUGCGGCAUUGGCCAAUGUGGGCCGUGUGGUCAUGCUUCCAUUCCAGACUGACAACCACCGCUUGUCCUCCAAGUUGCCGCCCAACAUAAAGGUGCUCCAAAAUGCCACAGUGAUCUACAAUCCAAAGUACCACAAAGAAUAUGCGAAACUGCUAGGAUUCAGCGAUCCACAAUACGCCACCACACCCAAAGGGAAGGAACUCUUGUUUGACUGUUAUCGGAACUGUUGA